AAUGGACUGGAAAAAGGACGGAGUGGGAACACUAGGCUCUGGCAGUGAGCUCAAGUUCCGGGUGAAUGAGUUUGGGGUCCUGGAGGUCAUAACGGACGAAAUGGAAGAGGAGAGGGGCAAGAAAGCUCAUGCCACUACCACAUGGAGCGUCCCCACUGCACAAGAGGCUCUCUCUGAGGGGCCGGUUACAAAGGAGGAGACGGCGUGGGCCCAGCGAGGCCUGGUGUGUGUCCGCUGUAACAGGAAGGGCUCCGUGGUGGACUUCCUGUCUAACGGGCUCCACUGCAGCGAGCGCUGUCUGCAGCAGGAGCAGCAAGAAGAGCUGAAGAGAGAAGGCUCCAGAACAAACGGAGAGGUGCUCGGGAAGAAGAGAUCCCGUCUGACCGAGAGACUCGCUGAAGACAUGGACAGCUCGAUGGAGAUCGCCGAGGAGGACGAUGAAGACUACGAAGAGAAAGAAAGCAGGCGACCGGCACGUGGGGCGACGAGAGGCCGCAGGAAACGCAGAGGAGAUGCAGCGCUGCUCAGAUACACGGUUCCCUACGGAGGCAAGAAGAAGGCGUGGUGUUGGGCCUCAUACCUGGAGCAGGAGAGAGCCGUCGCUGCCCCCAGUAAACUCUUCAAAGAGUAUCAGUCAUUUCCGCAGUGUAAGAAUGGCUUUAGGGUUGGCAUGAGACUGGAGGGUAUCGACUCUGAACACCCUUCCAUGUACUGCGUCCUUACCAUCACUGAGGUGUUAGGACAUCGAAUCAGACUGCAUUUUGAUAAGUAUUCAGACUGCUAUGACUUCUGGGUAAAUUCCAACUCUCCUGACAUUCACCCAGUGGGAUGGUGUGAGAAAACCGGACACAAGUUGCAUCCACCGAAAGGGAUGAAGGAUGAAGAGUUUAGCUGGUCCUCCUACAUCAAGCUAAAUAAAAUACAGACAGCACCCAAAGCCCUGUUUCAGAACCAGAACAUGACCGUGACGCCGUCAGGGUUUAGGGUUGGUAUGAAGCUGGAGGCCAUCGAUAAGAAGAAUCCCUCGUUCAUCUGUGUCGCCACGAUCGCAGACAUGGUGGACAGUCGAUUCCUGGUGCACUUUGACAACUGGGAUGAAAGUUAUGACUACUGGUGUGAUGCAACAAGUCCUUAUAUCCAUCCGGUGGGCUGGUGUCAAGAGAACGGGAGGACCCUCACCACCCCUCCAGGAUACCCUGAUGUGAAGAACUUCUCCUGGGAGAAAUACUUGGCAGAGACCAACUCAUUACCAGCUCCUGCUCGAGCCUUCAAAGUGAAACCUCCUCACAGUUUCCAGCUCAAUAUGAAGUUGGAGGUGGUCGACAAGAGGAAUCCUGCUCUGAUCCGAGUGGCCACAGUGGUUCAUACGGAUGACCAUCGACUGCGGAUCCAUUUUGAUGGCUGGACAGAUGAAUAUGAUUACUGGAUCGAUGCAGACAGCCCAGAUAUUCAUCCUGCCGGGUGGUGCGCCAAAACCGGACAUCCACUGCAGCCGCCCAUCACUCCUCAGGACAUGUUUGAGACAUCCGAGCAGGGCGGCUGUCCCACGCCAGGCUGUAAGGGAGUGGGUCACAUCAAAGGAGCCCGCUACUCUGGACACCACAGUGCCGUGGGUUGCCCGUAUUCUGAUAUCAACCUGAAUAAGGACUCUGUUCUGCCGGAUCGCUUGAGCGGAGAGAUGCCGGGAAGCGGAGUGGGUCGGCCACGCAGAGCAGAACCAAGCGCAGAGAUUUCAGCUGAUGCUAAUGACAAACCCGUCACCUCUGCCCCAUCACACCCGGAGAAACCCAGCACGGCAAGCGCUGCCAUGGAAACGCCACCAAAGAAGCCCGUCGGCACGGAGACCAAGCGAAGGGUUGGUCGGCCCUGUAAAGUUCGGAAGGUCGAGGAGCUGCCGCAGGAAGAGGAAGUGGAGAGUGAGGUGUCAUCAGUCACCGAAACCAAAGGUAGAUCUACACCACCCUCGCUAUGUGUUCAUAUUAUAAUUGCAUGUCAUUUGGUGGACGUCAGGAUUGAGCCUGGAAAUUAAA